AUGGCUGGAAAGAGUCCGAAUUUCCUCAUCAUUGUCGCCGAUGAUCUGGGAUUCUCAGAUACAUCGCCUUACGGUGGCGAGAUCGCGACUCCGAACCUCCAGUCCCUCGCCUCGUCUGGAAUUCGAAUGACCAAUUUUCAUACCGCACCUGCUUGCUCUCCGACUCGGUCGAUGUUGAUGUCUGGUACUGACAAUCACAUUGCUGGCCUAGGCCAGAUGGCCGAGCACAUGCGACAGAAUCCGGCCCCCUUCGAGAGUAAACCCGGGUAUGAAGGGUACCUCAAUUUUCGGGUGGCUGCUUUGCCUGAAAUUCUCAAAGACGCAGGCUACCACACCAUCAUGAGCGGCAAAUGGCAUCUGGGUAUGAAGCCCGAACAUAGUCCUUCAGCGCGAGGUUUCGAAAAAGUCUUCUCUUUCCUGGCCGGCAGUGGCAAUCACUACAACUAUGAACCGCAGUUUGAGGACCCAAAAUACAAACUCCCAUGGCGCGGCCAGCUGUGGAUGGAAGGUGACCGGUACAUCGACCGCAAGAAAGAAAUUCCCGACAACUUCUACAGUACCACGUACACAACGCAGAAGAUGAUGGAGUUUCUCCAGGCGAGGUCCGAGGAAGAAAAGAAGAAGCCGUUCUUGGCUUAUCUGGCCUACCUGGCCCCUCAUUGGCCUUUGCAGGCGCCAGACCAAACGACAGCAAAAUACAAAGGCUGGUACAACGAGGGCCCAGACAAGUUGAGUGAGAAGCGUGUCAAGAAGCUCAUCGAACUCGGUCUAGUGCCCAAAGAUGUCAUCCCUGCUAAACCUGAAGGCCACAUUGGACCGGAAUGGGACCAACUGUCCGAUCUGGAAAGGGCUGAGUCGGCGCGAAAGAUGGAGGUCUACGCCGCAAUGGUUGAAGAAAUUGACAAAGGCGUGGGUGAAGUGAUUGCAUACUUAGCUGAGACGGGAGAAUUAGACAAUACCUUUGUCACCUUUAUUUCCGACAAUGGUGCAGAAGGCCUGAUGAUGGAAGCCCUGCAUGCCAUGGGCGACGGAACCACCAUGGCCGACAUUAUUCACACAUAUUACGACAACAGUCUCGACAACAUUGGUAAGAAAGAUAGCUUCACGUGGUAUGGUCCUCGAUGGGCGAGUGCGGCCACCGCCCCAAGUCGAGGUUGGAAGACAUGGCCAACCGAGGGAGGAAUCCGAUGUCCCUGUAUCGUGAGGUACCCCCCUUUCCAAAACCCAGCAGAGGCCAUUACCCACUCCUUCACCACCGUCAUGGAUAUUUUACCGACGGUCCUGGAGCUUUCGGGGGUCCCACACCCUGGCAAGACCUUUAAGGGUCGCGAGAUAGUCCCGAUCAGAGGGAAAAGUUGGGUGUCACAUUUGUCGUCCAAGGAUUUGUCCACAACGUCGGUCCACGAUGAGGACGCACACGUGCACGGCUGGGAGCUAGUUGGCUUGCAAGCCAUUCGACGCGGACCCUGGAAGGCCGUCUGGAUGCAUGCACCACGAGGUAAUGGCCAGUGGGAACUGUACAACCUGAACGAGGAUCAAGGGGAGCUGGUCGACCUGGCUACGAAGCGACCGGAAAUCAUGGCCGAGUUGAUCAAGCUGUGGGAACAGUACUACGCCGAGACGGGCAUGAUCAAUUAUCCUUUUGAAUUUAGCGUAGCACUAGCCUAA